AUAGGAAGCUAUGAUGAGAAUUCAAAUUUGCAGUCACAGUGUUCCACGUUCCAAGCCACUUCGAUAUCCGUAGAAACAAAGUUCAAACUUCAAACCAGAAACCACCUCUUCUCUUUUGCUCACUCACUCACUCGUCUCCAGUCUCCUUCUUCGUCUCCUCACCCUCAGCCAGACGCCACUCAAUUCUCUGCAACUCCUCGUUGCUUUCUGCAUUUCUACCUUUUUCUCAAAUGCACAAAGUUUGUUUCCUCAUCUAAAUCUUCAAAAAACCCACCUACCACACAAAAUGCUACUCAACUCGCUUCCAAUCAUCACUGCGUUUCUGAUUCUUCUCGCUACUCCAUUCUCCUUCUCUCUUACCAGAGAUGGCCUCGCUCUCUUGGCUCUCAAAGCUGCAGUUACAACUGACCCAACUCAAGUUCUUGCCUCUUGGUCCGAUUCUGACCGAACUCCAUGCCACUGGCAUGGAAUUACUUGCAUUAAUCACCGAGUCACCUCUAUCAUUCUCCCAAACAGAAGCCUUACUGGUUAUCUUCCCUCAGAACUCGGUCUCCUUGACUCGUUAACUCGACUUUGUCUCUCGCACAAUAACUUCUCCAAGCCCAUCCCUUCCCAUCUCUUCAAUGCCACUAGUCUUUCCACUCUUGAUUUGUCUCAUAACUCUCUCGCAGGCUCCAUCUCACCCCAGAUAAGAUCCUUGAAAGCUCUAACCCAUUUGGAUUUAUCUUCAAAUUUCCUUAAUGGGUCUCUCCCUGAAUUUCUCGUUGAGCUCAAAAACCUCACCGGAACUCUAAAUUUGUCUUAUAAUGCAUUUUCUGGUGAGAUUCCGGAGUCAUACGGAAGAUUUCCGGUGAUGGUCAGUUUGGAUUUGAAGCACAAUAAUCUUAGCGGCAAAGUGCCUCAGGUGGGGUCACUGGUGAACCAGGGACCAACUGCAUUUGUAGGAAACCCGAGUCUUUGUGGGUUUCCAUUGCAGAAUCAAUGUCCAGAAGCUUUCAACCUUACAGCCAGUGGAAAUCCAGAAAAUCCUGAAAACCCUAGGGACAAUAAUCCCGAUUUUGUUGCUGACACUGAAGGGAAAGAGAAUGCGAAAAAUGGGUCGGUGGCGGUUCCUUUAAUUUCGGGUGUCUCGGUGGUGAUCGGUGCCGUUUCAAUCACGGUGUGGCUGUUCCGGAGGAAAUGGGUUUCCGAAGAGCAGAAGGGCAAGAUGGGAAAAGAAAAGAACAUGGGGGACAAUAUUGACAUUAACGAGGAAGGGCAAAAGGGUAAAUUUGUAGUGAUCGAUGAAGGGUUUGAUUUGGAAUUAGAGGAUUUGUUAAGGGCAUCGGCGUACGUGGUGGGAAAAAGCCGGAGUGGGAUAGUCUACAAGGUGGUAGUGGGCGGGAGAGGAUCUGGUACGGUGGUGCCUACGGUUGUUGCUGUGAGGAGGUUGAAUGAGGGUGAUGCCACGUGGAGAUUCAAGGACUUUGAGUCUGAGGUGGAGGCAAUUGGGAGGAUUCACCAUCCUAACAUCGUGCGGUUGAGAGCUUAUUAUUAUGCUCAUGAUGAGAAGUUGUUGAUCUCUGAUUUCAUACGCAACGGGAGCUUAUACACUGCGCUGCAUGGGGGACCUCCGAAUACUUUGCCUCCACUCACAUGGGCAUCAAGAUUGAAAAUUGCUCAAGGAACUGCAAGAGGUUUAAUGUACAUUCAUGAAUACAGCCCCAGAAAAUAUGUUCAUGGCAACUUAAAAUCAACAAAAAUCCUUCUUGAUGAUGAACUCCAGCCUUACAUUUCGAGCUUUGGACUCGCUCGUCUCGUCUCGGGAACCUCUAAGUUUACAACUUCAACAUCCAAGAAACAGUAUCUGAACCAAACCAUUGUUUCGUCUACGAUUGGCUCGAGAGUUUCACCUCCCUCGAAUUGUUACUUGGCUCCUGAGGCUCGAGUUUUUGGCACAAAGUACAGUCAGAAAUCUGAUGUGUACUCUUUUGGAAUUAUCCUGAUGGAACUUUUAACUGGUAGACUACCUAAUGCAGGACCAGAAAAUGAUGGGAAAGGGCUAGAAAGUCUCGUGAGGAAAGUGUUUCGAGAAGAACGGCCGUUGUCUGAGAUUAUAGAUCCUGCAUUGUUGAGUGAAGUUUAUGCAAAGAAACAGGUUGUUUCAGUGUUUCACAUUGCGCUGAAUUGUACCGAGUUAGAUCCUGAAGUUCGUCCUAGGAUGAAAACUGUGUCUGAGAGUCUCGAUCGUAUUAAAAUGCAGUGAAAAAAUGAGAGGAUGUCUCUUGUAAAAUUUUGUUUUGCUUACUUCUGAUGCUGAAGUUGUUUUAGCUUCAGACAUCAUUGUGUAAGCUUGUCUGCUCGGAUGCAUAUGGUAGUUCUAAUUUUUAUCAUUUGUCCUUGUGGGGAUUUCUCAGGGACUGGAUGUUUGUGUUGUUAGGCUGAUUAAUUAAUUUCUAUGUAUUUCUCAAUUUUCUGAUAAUUUAUCUAUGUGCCAUCUUGAUCU